AUGGCGCGCGCGGCCCUUGCGAAACCCGCGGCCGACGUCUCCCAAGCCAUCAGUGUGGGCUUUAGCCAGCGAAUCUCCCGGUGCCGCAGGGAAGGCAAAUGGCAAGAGGCGGUGUACCUUUUGGCACAGAUGCGGCGUGGCAAAGCACUCCCGAAUGACAUCACCUGCAACAUGGUGAUCAGCGCUUGUGCCAAGGGAGGUCAUUGGCAGCUCGCUGUGGACUUGCUUUGCCAGAUGCCCGCCGUACAGGUGACUCCUGAUCUCAUCAGCUGCAACAGCGCCAUCAAUGCAUGUGAGGUUGCAAGCGAAUGGGCAGCUGCAUUGGCGUGCUUCAAGGCCCUUGAGGAGAAGCAACUUCAGCCAGAUAUCAUCGUUUACGGCGGUGUCAUCAGUGCUUGCGCCAAAGCUGGCUUUUGGCAGCUUACCUUGCGGAUCUUUGAAGAGCUUUGCAGACGCAUGUCCCCUGACCUGGUGGCCUGCAAUGCUGCGUUGCGUGCAUUUAAGGGAAACCGCUGGCCUGUGGCAAAUGCCAUCCUGCAGAACUUUGAUGACUUUGGGCUUCAAGCUGAUGUGGUGACAUUCAGCACGGCCAUCACCUCCUGUGUGGAUGCUUGGCCCAUGACCCUGCAGCUGCUGACGGAGAUGCAUUCCGCUCAGAUUGAAGCAAACGUUUGGAGUAGCUGCGCGCACGGGUCUGGAUGGGGAGAAUGA